UGAAAAACAUCUCAGAGCCGUUUCACGCGUGUGCUUAACAUCCGUUUCGGACCAAAUGUAACAUACGACCACGACAACUGGCAUUGUUUUAUCGAUUCGAUUGAUCAUUGGUUUUUUUGGAAAAAAUGUUGGGAACUGUUCGAUUUUGGUGCAGUGAUCUACGUAAUUAUGGAACGCACUGAGAGGACGACUAAAAAGGACAGAAGCAACAUUAACCUGUUAGGGUUAAAUGGUUAAAUUAUCAACGGCUCCAGCCACAUUCCUUUGCCUAUUUACUAGAAAACGACCACGGGUGCCGAUCAAGACAUACAAGUGGGAGGAGGUCUAUCGGUCGAGGCGGAAAGGCGGCUAUCCCUGGACGCAUCUGUACAAGGAACCGUUUGAUGAGGACUUGUACCCCGAAGACUACACGAUGGACGCCUUGAGACGCAGCAAAAGCAGUUCCACCUUCGACAGGUCGGAACGUUCCGACGGCGUCGAAAUCGAAGAAAUCUUCGACGACGACAAAAGCCACGCGACGGUGGACAGCACCAAACAGCACAUGGAGGUCGCCGAACCAGACUACGACAGUAAGUCAGACCGUUUAGUAGGAGAGACUCAAAGAUCCCAGAUGUUCACCAUCGAAUCGGCCGAAAGCUCAGACAACAUCAGCCAGUACUUGGACAAGGAAGAGCCCAGCACGGACAAGGAACCAACAGUAGAACAACCGGACGACAAACACAAGCGGGCCAGCUCCGAAGAACCAACGCGCAAGCGCAAACUGUCCGGCGAAUCCAGCUACAGCAAAAUCAGCAGGAUCAGCCUCCCCAAAUUCGCCGCCCUGAAGAAGCUCAGCAAACGCAAGCUACCCAAGUUCACACUACCAACUUCCAACAUAAAGCGGGUGAAAGUCCCGAAGAAACCUUCACCCCCACAAACGAAAAAGGAAGUCAAAAAGCAGGAGUUGAAGGACGUCAAACCUGUGUACAUACACAUACCUCUAAAGCCUCCCCCGGGCCAAACAGACGAGUUCUCCUACUUGGAGUUCGGGGACAAACCUCCACCACAACCUGCUGCUGCUGCUGCUGAAACUGAGGAAAUUCCUAGCUUUAGAAGCAUAGUGCAAGCGCUUAGGGAAAGCAAGAGAAAAAGACUGGCUGCAGAGCGAAAACUACAAUUAAAGGCUAAGGAAGAAGAACAAAAGGCACCUAGUGAAGAUGUGGAAGUUAUGGACUUUACUUUACAAGAACCAGAGGAGGACGAACCGACGAAACCGCAAAUAACCGAAGUCAAAUUGAAACCACAACUGGAUGUUGAAAUGGAACCGGUGGAGCAGGAAAAGAAGGAAAUAAUCGCCCAGUUGGAGCCAACAGAGGACAUGGAAAAGAUCCUGGCUGAAAAGCUGAAGAAAAGCAUCAGCAGUCCGGAUGUGGAUGAAACUGAACCCGAAUCGGAGGCUUCAACGCACGACAACGAAAUCUUCGACAAGUUGUUCGAAGCUGGCUCUUCCAAACCAGCCGCCCUUCCUCCAGCCCCCAAACAAGGCAUUUUAAAGCGGGAUGUGCGUGCCAAAUCAGCCGAGCCUGAGCGCAAACGAAAGAUGUCUUUGGAAAGUAGUUACAGUAGGAAAAGUCUGUCCAAGCUAGCCUUCUUGAAGAAGAUCAAGGACGCCAAGAACAAAAUCAAAUUCCCCUCCUUAAGCAACCUAUUGUCUAAAAAGCCACAAAAACCUGACGAGCCGAAAAAGGAAGAGGCAGACAAGCCGAAGCCGGUCAAGAAGGAGAAGCUGGCGCCACUUAAGAACGUAGAGCCGAUUUACAUCCACAUACCCCUCAAACCUCCAGAAGGGCAAACCGACGAGUUCUCCUAUUUGGAGAAGGAGCAGCCAGCAACGAAAAUGGAAGUGGAAGAGCCUAAGCCGGCCGACUCGCCGGAGCAACUAUCAAGCCCGGAUUCGACCCAGGUAAGCGGGGUGCAAUUUAUAUUCUUAACUGCGCCUUCCGAUGAUGAAAUCCUGGACGGGCCGGACAUACCCGAAACACCCUCGUCGGAAACCAAAACCAAGUUCUUCGGGUCGCGUCUGGACGAGCUUAAGGAGCUGGCCAAGACUGUGGUGGACGAAAUAUCGCCGGAGACCAAGAGGAAAGCGCUGGAAUCGGUCACCGAGGAGGGCGCCGACGAUAAGCAGGACGAGUUCGACAAGGAGGACGGUUUGAAGAUUACGGAAGCCGAGACUGCUGUCAAGUCCAGUUUGAAGCAGGAGAGUUCUCCGGUUUUGAAGAAGAAGGUGUCGUUCAAGCGCAGGUCGAAGACGGAUUCGAAGGACGAUUAUGAGGAGGUGUCGCCGCCAAAGGACGAAGUGCCGGGACCUUCGCAGAUUUCGAAGGAAACGAAGCUGGAGGAGAAGAAGGAAGAGAAGAAGGAGGAGAAGAAGGAAGAGAUGAAGGAGGAGAAGAAGAAGGAAGAGAUGAAGGAGGAGAAGAAGGAAGGGAAGAAGGACGAGAAAAUUGAUGAAACUGUUAAAGUUGGAAACCAAGACAGAUGGUCAAAAUUAAGCGAUCAUGAAUAUGAGCCAGUGAACCCGCCGCCAGAGGAGCCAAAGCCGUCCCCGCCACAAGAGAUUACUCACGAGGACGUGGUGACAAUACCGAUUGGCGACGUGCUGGAAACUGCGCCAAUAACUCAAACCGAACCACGUACCGAAGCUAAAGUCACGCAUGAAACGCCUCCUUCGCCAACCUUCACGCCCACCCUGUCCUCCCGCGACGAACCCGACGACGAAGAGCUGGAGGACAUCGAGGCCGCGAAGGAGAGCACUUUCCAGAGCACGUUCAAACUGAAAGCCGGCCAAUUCAAGAACAAGUUACAAAACAUGAAACGCCCCCACAUCAAGACACCAAAGUUCGAGAAGCCAAACCUGCAAAGGUUCAAAAUCGACAAGCCCAACUUGCAGAAGCUGAAGAUCGACAAGAGCAAGUUCCACUUGAAAAUGCCCGACACGACCAAGAUCAAUCUGCCGUCUUUCAGUUUGCCGCACCGAAGCACGAAGACAACCCUGAAGGAACGACAAGAAUCGACGGAAUCCAACGUUGGUGAUUCCACGAAGCACACAUUCGACUUCAAGACUUACCCCAGAUUUUUCAAGAAGAAGCCGAAGGACGACGACAAGCCACACCAAACCACCACCACCACCACAACCAGCGGUGAGACGCAAAGAAGCGUGGAAGCAGGGGGAAUGCCCUCCGGCUACGAAGGAUCGGCCGAAUCAGACGCCCACACGCACGAAGGCAGGAAGAUACCCUUCGACUUCAGCACCUUCCCGCGCUUCUUCAAAAAGCAAAAGCCGGAACCGAAGACCUCUUCAUCGGAUUCCCAGCCCGACCAGCCUAGUCCCAGGAGCAAGUCAGAAGAUCGCGUCAUCAUACGCAUCCCCUUGCACUCUGAGGACUCCAUGGAGAACGGUUACAGCUUACACAAACAGGAGGAAGAACCCGAAGAAGAAUUAGAAGAAGAACACGAUCCGUCAUCUCGUGUCAGGUACGAUAACGAAGAUAUCGACAUAGACGAUGACUAUAACAGGGAGAACGUGGAAAUCCCCGACGAGGGCUUCAGAAGUAGGUGGGACCACGGCCAUUUCAGCACCAAAAUCACGGACCUGGACUCCCCGGAAAGUCCGGAAAGUGGCAACAACCAGAACGAAUCCUUCGACUUGAGUGGCAACGAGCCGCAUUCGUCCCACAGCUCUUUGGGAGUCAGACGAAGGGGUGUGUUGGAAGAAAUCAACUCGGACGAGUUCUUCCUAAGACAAAAAGGCAUAUCCCAGGAUAACAUAGAGGUGGGGAAGUACCUCAGCUCGGAAAUCCGGGAGGCUUUCAAAGCACCCGUCAACACCUUAUCCGAUAUGCAACGUGAAGACUACGGGUACGACCCCGGAUCCAAUCAAAGUCUUCCGGAGUCUCCAAUAAAGAAGAAACCCGUAAGAAAACCUAAGCGUAAGAAGACCCCACACGCGUCCCAGGAAAUGAAGUACCACGAAUACGACUUGGACGAACCACAACCGGUCCGACCCCAGAGAACCACCAGCAAGCCCAAGAGUCUGGAGCUGGACGAAAAGGACAUUGAAGAAAUAAUGAGCAGGUACACCACCGACUUGAUCGAGAAGCCCUACUACGAGAACGAGAAGAUGAGAGGCAAAACUCAGCCGGACAUUUACAUCGACCACGGCUCCGAGGAUUACAGGGUGGGUUACGCUACGGACAUAAUCAGGGACCCUGAGGCUCCGCCGAGGAAGCACAGGAGCAUGAAGAGUCUCAACUUGUCCGAGCACGAGUCAAUCCUCGGCGAUUUUGCUGACAAGCACAUCGACCAAGACAUCCCAUCUUACACCAACGGCGGCUACGACGAAGAAAACCGGUACAACCAGGAGCGCUACGCCGAAGAACCGGAGAUAAUCCCGCCAGUCAGACCCAAACGCCGUGGACUGGGCAAGGCCAAAAAGCGAAGCUCUUCCGAAGCAAGAAGCAUACUGCAGGACGAACCGCAGCCAGUCGUUGAAGAACCUUGUGUAGAGCCUCCAUGCAUUAAAGACCUCAGAGAUUGUAUGGGGUACGCCAUUGUGGACAAGUCCAAAAAUAGAGACCCACCAUUGCCGCCCCCGAGGACACCUCCAAGGCGCAGGAGAUCAAUUAAGUCAAUCUCUUCAACAACUUCUUCAGAAAAAUUCUCUACGGUUCCCAGAUCGUCACGCGAUCCCCCCACCAGGCCCUUGAGGAACUACAGCACCUUGGGGCAAGUAAGGUCUUCAAGGAAGACUUCUCCGAGGAGCGAAAGCGAAAAAGAAAACGUUGAUAUUACUCAGUACAUAGAAAUAGAGGAUGAUCUGAACAGAAACUUGGUGUCUGGGGAGGUGAUACAGAAAAUGAAGGACCGGCCUUUGCCAGCUCCUCCACGUCCUCCACGAAAAGCUAGAGCUUUGAAGGACAUAACGUCUCAACAAAACAUACCUUCAGCUGUGGAAGACUCAGAAAAGACAACCAUGUUGGAUGAAGCAGAUGUUUCGACACAAACAGAGCCUCUUCCAGACGAUUUUGUGUGCGAGGAAAUCCUGCAUCCGGAGGAAUCGAAGGUAGUUCAGCAAGAAGUUCAGCGUAGUGAAGACGACGAUGUGAGAAGGGAACGAGUCCUGAUUACUCCCACUCAGUACUCUUACGAAGAGGAAACUAUUACUCAUGGGACAAUGGUGGUGGAGCCACUAAAUGGGGCUAGGAUAUUACCCGAUUCUGAACUGACGAAACGUAAUGAAAGGAUUGUUCCUGUAACUGUGGAUUCAGAUGAUGAGUACCCUUCGAAGGUUCCGGAGGAGUUUAAAAUGUUGAGGGAUCCUGAGCCACAAAAGCCUCCAAGGGAAAGUACCCAAAGGGACUCCAGAGAUUUAGAGGUUAAUAGGUUAAUGGUGAACGAGUUGUUGGCUAGUAAAAUUGUGGUCUCUGACAUUGAGGCUGACUCGAUUCAGGCCAAUCAAAUUUCGGGCAAAUCAGGCGCCAUAAAGAUUGGCGAGAUUGAGCUGCCACCGAAUGUGUUGCAGGAGUUAAUCAGAACGGCUCAGGUUGUACGCAGUGAUGAAGAAAGGUUCGAAACUGUUCCGGAGGUGGAUAAAAAAAAACUCCAUGAAAUUAUCGACGAUAGACAAACAGAAGAAGUCCCAGCAGAAGAAGAACCAUUAGAAGUUCCCACCCCUGAGAGUCCUAUUUUGCUAGAAGAAAACCUAAACGUAGACGUAGAAGUAGUGGAUCAAUUCGUACCACCUGAAGACGAUCAUUCCAUACCAGCAGAAGCACCGGAGUCAGUAACCGAUGGUGAGUCGGAACGGAACAUCCCUCCCACUCCUCCUCCACGUUCCAUUGAGGUGCAGGAAGAACAACAGCAACAGCAACAGCAAGAGGAGGAACAACCUCCAGUGCGGCCUCCACGACAGAACAAACCUGUCGAAACCACGUCGGAACCAGACGUUGACGAUUAUCCUCCGCCCCGUCCGCCCCAACCGACAGUGGGCUACAUCCCCUCGCAGCCCCCGGCCAGUUUCUACGCCCUCCGAGCCCAGAAAUACGUGAACGAAGACAUUCCUGCGGCACCGCGCAGAAGACGUCACCACCGUCACGUCUCCAAGUCGACGUCCGAGGAAUCGCUGGUGCCGCUGAGGCGGCACUUCCGCUCGGAGCCGUCCAUCGCCCAGCUGACCGGGCAGUUGAUGAGGGCGUGCGGCGCGGCCGGCAACAGUGCACUGAAAAGACUGAUCGCCCACGUCAGGGAGAACGUGCUGCGCAACGAGGACGGCCAGCAGGACUUGCACGUGAUCGUCGUCAUACUGCUGGUGCUGAUUGCGGGCCUGCUGCUGCUCGGGCUGGGGGACGAGAGGAGCGUCGUCCACCACCACCACUGGGAGUAUUUCAAUCCCCCGCGGGACACGUAAAAACGGGACAGUUCGUAUUCCAUAAAAAACGAUUAAAUUAGGAUUGUGUGUUUCUUUUAUGUUAUAAGGAAGUUUUCUGAGGAAUUUAUUAAUUUUAUGGUAGCAUUUGAAUGGUUAUUGUUAAGUUUUAUUAAAACGAAUCAUUUUUGCUGUUUUAUUGUAGAACAUCGCAUGUACAAAGGUACACUAUGUUUUAUAUGUUACUUGAAAUCUUGUCAAUAAAACAUGUUAUUUAUUGUUAA